ACGUCAGUGAGCAGUCAGUUAGCGACAAUUAUGAACGAAGUUCCCACCGCUGCCGUAGCUUCAUGAAGCAUCUAGUAUCGCUAAGAUUGCUCCCUGCUUAAUUUUAGAAUAAGUUUUUAUUGUACUCAGACAAGAGUACGAAGGUACUGAAAUAUCGAAGUCUGGCCUCAAAUGUUCGCAGGAGCUCCAUCCAGCAUCCUCAUUCAGGCUGCCGCCCCCUGCCUCCCCCCCGCUGCGACCUCGCACCUUUCAGGAUGAACAAACUUUCUGUGGGAGUGAAAGCUGCUGAAAGCAGAGCAAACCAUUGGGUGGAUCCAUCCUUUAUUGAUUUGAAAGAGGAAAGUUCUUCUCUGUCUGGAAGAAGAAGAAAUCCUAUAAUAUGCUCCAAGGCUGAGAUAAAGAGGCCAAGGAAGAGGAAAGGAGAAGCCAGCAGCUCCUACCUGCUGAAAGAGUCGGCCCAGAUGGACCAGAAUGAACCCUGGGUGGACAAAUACUCACCCCAUUCACAGGCUGAACUAGCUGUCCACAAGAAGAAGGUUGAGGAAGUUGAAAACUGGAUCAGAGUUCACACCAAUACAUCAACGGGUGGGAUUUUGCUGUUGAUGGGGCCGUCAGGCUGUGGAAAGACUGCCACAGUCCAUGCUUUGUCACUGGAGAUGGGCUUCAGGGUUCAGGAAUGGAUCAAUCCCACAAACCUAGAACCAUACAGCAGCAGUCAGCAUGAAUGGAGAAUGAAUGGCUUCUCAUACAGCUCUCAGACAUCCCAGUUUGAGGAGUUUCUUACCAGAGCCAACAAAUACAGCUGCCUGAAGAUGGCAGGUGAUGGAGGAGUUACUGACAAGAAGCUCAUCCUGGUAGAGGAUCUGCCAAAUCAGUUCUACAGGCAGCCUGGCAGUUUGCAUGAUAUCCUGAGGCGCUUUGUGAGGACCAGUCGAUAUCCCUUGGUGUUCAUAGUGUCAGACAGUCUGAGUGGAGACAGCAGCUCACGCUUUCUUUUUCCCAAAGACAUCCAGGAGGAGCUGGGCAUUAGCAGCAUCAGCUUUAAUCCGGUGGCUCCAACUGCAAUGAUGAAGGUCCUGACUUGCAUUUCAACCCUGGAGGCAGGAAAGCAGAGUUGUGGAAGGAUGUGCAUCCCAGACCAGUCAGUGUUGGAAACGCUAUGUUCAGGAAGCUCAGGAGAUAUCCGCAGUGCCAUCAACAGCCUCCAGUUUUCCUGCCUUCCAGGCACAUCACUGGAAAAGGAUCUAUGGAGGACAAAGAAGGACAGACUUGGGAUAUCACGGUGCAGAGCUGGUGUCAGAACAAACCAGAGGAAGAAAAAGUCCAAACAGGAAGAGGAGCAGGCCAUUGGGGGGAAAGAUGCUUCUCUGUUCCUGUUCAGAGCGCUGGGAAAGAUCCUGCACUGCAAACGAGGGAAUCAUGACAGUGCUGAAGGAACUGAAGGUGGUCUUGGGCGUGGUCUGCCAUCCCACCUGUUGCAUCAUCACAGAGAAGAAUUACUAGUUGACCCUGAGUCGGUUGUUGAACGUUCACACAUGUCGGGAGAGUUCUUCAGCCUGUACCUGCACCAGAACUACCUGGACUUUUUCUCUGUGCUGGAAGAUGUGGAAAGAGCCAGCGAGUAUCUGUCUGAUGCUGACCUUCUCACUGCUGAUUGGAUGAAUCGCAGCAUUAUGGGGGAUUACGGGUCGUCAGUGGCCACAAGAGGUCUCCUUCAUUCCAACUCCCAGCAAGUGUCGGCUGGCUUCAGAUCGCUGCACAAACCCAGCUGGCUGCUGGUCAGCAAGAAGCACCGGGAGAACUGCAUGGCUGCCCAGUCCUUUUUCAGGAGCUUCUGCCUGACACCACUCAGCCUGCAGACUGAGCUGCUUCCAUACUUGGCCAAACUCACCAACCCUAUGAGGAACCAAGCCCAGAUAACGUUCAUCCAGGACGUGGGUCAGAUGCCACUCAGGAGAUUCUCCAGCAGAUUAAAACUGGAGGCUCUGACAGACAAAGAACCGGGCGAGCUGGAAAUGGACAGUGAGGAGGUAAAAGAAGACGGUCAGGGUGGUGCUGAAGAGGGUCUGCCAGCCAGCCAGCCCCAGCCUACCUUAAACCAGGUCCUCCUGGAGGACGAGGACCUGAUCAUAGAGGAAUAUACCAGUGACUAAGGCUUCUUCUACACUGUGCUCAGUGUAACACUGUGACUGUUUCAUGCUGUCAGGUUUUUGUUGCUUACGGAAGUUUUUGUGUUCUAGAGGAAGAUUGGUGCUUUGUGAAUAAGUUCUGAGAUUGACUUGUUAAAGUUUGUAUACUUUUGAUUAAAGGCAUAUUUUUUUAGCAAUUUGACUUUAAUCUUUGUGACUUUUGUAAACAAACCUAAGACUGAUCCCAGAACCCGAAAAGCUCUCACAAGGCUCGACUCUUCUUCACAGUAUGUUGAUGACAGUGAUGGACCAUGUUUUCCUCACUGGGAUGUCAUCUGUACAAAAUUUUCAAACAAGUUUCUUCUCUCAUAGAAGUGUUUGGUUCUGUCAGUUAAACUAUUUUCACUAUUUAUUGGUUUUGCUGAGUGAUUGUUCAGCCUGGGCUGAGCUGUAAUGGAGAUAUGUCCACACAAUGCUUAAUAACCACACUGUUCUCCAAUAUAUUCUCUGCUUAGCGAGGAAUGUGUAGAAAUUAAAAAAAAAAAAACAUGAAUAAAACUAAU